AUGGCUAGCAAAGCGCCAUACCAGACCACCUUCGAAGUGGAACAUACAAUCCAACCCAUAUAUACUGGUGGCAGUGUCACCCUCGAACAAAACGGCCGUAUUCUUGCGACUACAUUAGGGGAAGAUGCCUUGCUCACGGAUCUCAAUACCGGGAGGCAGCUUGCGAAAAUUGAAGGGGAUGGAGAGCUUAUAUCUACAAUGACCCUAACACCGUCUGCCUCUCACCUCAUCAUAUGCUCGCGCUCACUAUCGAUGCGGAUAUAUUCUCUCACUCCCUCUCCAACUUCCGCCGACGAUGUCAAGUGCGAACUCCUGCGAACGCUCAAGCCCCACACGACUCCGGUCGUAAUUCUUGCCGUGGAUCAGACAAGCACGCUGUUGGCUACAGGAGCUGCAGAUGGAGUAGUUAAAGUCUGGGAUAUAUUAGGAGGCUACAAUACUCACACAUUCCGGGGGCCCAAUGUCCUCAUCUCCGCUCUGCACUUUUUCGAGCUGGUCGCGAGCCACAAGGAAGAGGAGACCGGGAUUUCAGCGAGGAAUCGGAAGAAGCGAACAAAGCAUGAAGCAGAAGAUGAUUCUAAAAAUGAAGCCACAAGAGGUUUUAGACUUGCGUCUGGAAGUCAGGAUGGCAAGGUUCGAAUAUGGGAUCUAUACAACCGGAAUUGUGCCUCCGUCCUGGAUUCACAUGUUUCAGACGUUCGAGCUUUAGAUUAUUCGCCGGAAGAGAAUGCUCUGCUCACAGCAAGCAGGGAUAAAACCAUCAUGUGGUGGGAUGCGAAAACAUGGAAGGUUAGGAAGGUGGUCCCUGUACUCGAGGAGGUCGAAGCGGCUGGUUUCCUUGAGGCGGGGAGGUUGUCGUAUACGGGUGGGGCAAACGGAAACAUUCGAAUUUGGCAAACAGACAAUGGAAGAGAGGUCACAAAGCCGCAAGCAGCAAAGAACGAAGCGGACUCCAUUGUCAGCGCCAUAUUCUUUCGAGAUCUAGGAUUCAUUCUGUCUGUGCAGACGGAUCAUACCAUUGUUCUCCAUGCUACUGCUUCCUUGAAAGACCUCGACUCCACGGCUACUAUCGCUCCUUUGGAACAACUGAGACGAAUAUCCGGAACUCACGAUGAAAUUAUCGAUCUUGGCUACCUCCUUCCAGACCGAUCGCUGCUGGCCCUUGCGACAAACUCGGAAGAGAUCCGGAUCGUAUCUCUCGCCCAGGGUGAUUCAGUUGAUAAUGGAAAGUAUUUUGGUGCAGAUGUUGCCCAACUGAAAGGUCACGACGACAUCAUUAUUUGUCUCUCUAUCGACUGGUCAGGCUACUGGAUUGCUACCGGGGCUAAGGAUAACACUGCCAGGCUAUGGAGGGUCGAUCCUGCGAACAACUCCUUCUCCUGCCACACUACUUUUAGUGGGCAUGCGGAAUCUUUAGGUGCGAUUGCUUUACCACAAGUAGCGCCUCCUGAAUCAUCAGCCGCUUUCAAAUCUCCUCAAGAUCACCCCCCUGAGUUUGUCUUGACGGGAUCCCAGGACCAAACAGUAAAACGAUGGGACAUUCCAAAUGGCGUUACCCGUAAAGCACCAAGAGCGCUGUAUACCAGAAAAGCACACGACAAAGACAUCAACGCUAUAGAUAUUCAUCACACUGGCCAAUUCUUUGCCUCCGCCUCCCAAGACAAAACAGUGAAGAUCUGGUCAGUCCAGGAAGGAGAAGUGCAAGGGAUUCUCCGAGGUCACAGGCGAGGUGUCUGGUCUGUCAAAUUCGCACCGAAGGAUACGCCAACCAUAACCGGUGAGAGUGGUCCUGCUGCUGGAAGAGGUCUUAUCGUGACAGGAAGCGGAGACAAGACGGUCAAGAUAUGGAAUCUUUCCGAUUACAGCUGCGUACGUACGUUCGAGGGACACGCGAACAGUGUUCUCAAAGUCUUAUGGUUACGCCUCCCCGGAGAAGAGAAAGGUAGAAAACACGUGCAGAUUGCCAGUGCAGGUGGAGAUGGGCUUGUCAAAGUCUGGGACGCAAACACGGGAGAACUCGAGACGACGCUCGACAACCACGAAGACCGAGUAUGGGCACUGGCUGUGCAUCCUGUCACCAAUACGAUUGUAUCAGGGAGCGGCGACUCCACCGUCACGUUCUGGAAAGACACCACAGCUUCAACUCAAGCCGCAACUGCCGCCGCCGCUACGCAAUUCGUGGAGCAGGAGCAGGAGCUGCAAAAUUAUAUCCACGCGGGCUCAUACCGCCAAGCCAUCACCCUCGCGCUGCAACUCAACCAUCCUGGACGCUUGCUCUCACUUUUUACAUCUGUAGUGACGCAGAAUACUCCCGAGCCAGACAGCCUCUGCGGCUCCAAAGCCGUAGACGAAGUCCUUGCAAAUCUAUCCGAUGAGCAGCUUUUCACCCUCCUACUCCGUAUCCGAGAUUGGAACACGAAUAAUAAGACGGUGACUGUAGCCCAGAAGAUCUUGUCAGUGGUGAUGAAGAGCUAUCCCGCCACGCGGCUGUGUAAUCUGAAGAUCAAGGGAAGGAAGGGGAAGAGUGUCGGGGACGUCUUCGAUGCGCUAAAGGUCUAUAGCGAUAGACAUUAUAAGAGGGUGGAGGGGAUGGUUGACGAGAGUUAUUUGGUGGAUUACACAUUACGUUGUAUGGAUGGCUUGGGAUUUAUAGAUGAGGGGGUUGUGAUGGAGCCUAUGGAGAUUGAAUCGUAG